CAAACAUGGCGUCCAUAGAAGAAGAUUUCAUAUGGGGAGACGAUUUUGAGGCUAAUUUAGACAUGCUGGAGGAUGAUAAAGAUAUAGAAGAGCAUUUCUUAUCAACAGUAAAUGAAGCCCAAAAACAAGAGAUUGUUUGUGAAGAAUGUGGAAAGAAAUACAAAACAAGAGGUGGAUACGAAAGACACAAGAUUGCCAAACACAGACGUCCUGAAAUUGACCUGACGCCAUUCAGCUCUAGCCUUCUUGAAGGAAUCGUUUCAAGUGCAGUCGAAAACUCAGCUGGACUAUUUGCAGAAUGCUUGAAGAAUGAACUCAAUAGCUAUACGUAUAAGCCUCUCCAGGAAGGAAGUGCCGAGUUCUCUACGUUAAAAACAUUGUAUGAUGACUACUUAAAGAAUGGAAACCUCGAAAAGUUCUAUAGCAAAUAUUAUGCUACGAUUGCUUCKAAAUCUACUACAUAUUUCUGUGGGUUGUCGAGAAACGUGGCCACACUUCUGUCUACUAAAGUUGCCGACAAAUUAAUUGCUUUCUGUAAAAAGCAAAGGGAAAGUCCAGAUGAAACAACCUCCUCGACAGCUGUACAUGUAAGUGAGAGAGAAAUGGCUGGUCUCCAGUAUCUUGGAGGAUAUGUUCUCCACAAACUGCACAAAAAGCAUGCAAGAGCCAGUAGCAGGGAAAGUCAACAAACCAUGGCACUUCUAAAAGCAGGGAAAUUGGAAAACUGUAGUGACUCAAAUCAAAAAAUUAUCUCAAGCUUAAAUCGUAGAGGACUUUGGAGCAUUACAGUGCCUGCACAGAAGAUAUUUUUAAAGACAGAGUGCUUGUUUAGGCAGCUUACACCAAAUGUUGAUUUGCAUGGUGUUGAUCUUGCUGGUAUAGCACAACAGGCCAUCAGGGGCAGUGAUAUACUUGCCAAUUUUAAUUUGAURAUAGUAGAUUCAGACAUUAAACCAGACAGCCAUGUACAAAAGGAUGUUUUGUAUGGCAUCAUUAAGUUAUAUAUACAGGUUCGAGCAUUWUCAGUGGCUAAGGAUAUUAUUCAAAGAUACAAGAUCCUAACAAAACAAACAAAGGCAAAAGCUCUACGUAAGGAGAUUAGCAGGAGCCAAAGUGAACAUCAACAUUGCUGCAUUCCAUCAUAUUUUCUAAUGACAAUGCAAGAAUAAGUAGAAAACAUCAGACCUGUUCUUUCUUUUGUUUUUGUUCAACUGCUACACACUACAUGUAAAUAAUGAGUUACAAUAUUCAUCGAUGAUCAUCAAUGUGUACACAGUCAUAUGAAAAACACUCUUAUUGUGUCAAAAGUGAUCUAAGCUGGAAAUAAGAUUUUUUAAAUUAAUUGGUGUAAUGUAUUAUGAGAAGAUGAAAACAAAAGUUAAAAGAAGACACUGAAAACUAUUUGUAGAUAAUUUUCAAUAAACUUAUUACAGUUCAUGUUUUCUAAGAUUUYGUAUAAUAAUGUGUUACUUUAAUAUCAAUUUUUAUGUGGCAAUUGUAUUUGUUGGAAAGCUGCUAUCAUACUAGUUUUUAUGUAGCAAAUAUAAAUUGUUAUAUAUAAAAAAUUGCCCAUGCAGACUAACAACACAUAAAAUGUACCAACUAUUUUGAUUGAUUUCUAUUGUCAAAACAACCAAAUAAAA